GCUUCCUCUGGAGAGAGAGGUGGAGGUGGCUGGUUCCCAGGUCUUACAGACCCCCGUGGACACCAUGUUGGAAGCCCAACUCCAGACCCAGCAGAGGAGCAGCCAGAAUGGUCAGGAGACAAGCCUGUGGUCCUCCGGCUUUAGGAUGAAGCUGGAGGCUGUCACCCCAUUCCUGGGGAAAUACCGCCCUUUUGUGGGUCGCUGCUGCCAGACCUGUACCCCUAAGAGCUGGGAGUCCCUCUUCCACAGAAGCAUAAUGGACCUAGGCUUCUGCAGUGUGAUCCUGGUGAAGGAGGAGAACACCAGGUUUCGGGGCUGGCUGGUCCGGAGGCUCUGCUGUUUCUUGUGGUCACUGGAGCAGCACAUACCCCCCUGCCAGGAUGCCCCACAGAAGAUCAUGGAAAGCACUGGGGUGCAGAAUGUCAUCUCAGGGAGGGCCCCCGGAGGGGCUGGGGAAGGCCAGGUGCCCAGCCUUGUGAAGAAAGAUGUACAGCGCAUCUUGGGCCACAUCCAGGCCCCACCCCGCCCUUUCCUGCUCAGGCUCUUCAGCUGGGCAAUGCUGCGGUUUCUGAACUGCCUCUUCCUGAACGUGCAGCUGCACAAGGGCCAGAUGAAGAUGGUCCACAAGGCCGCCCAGGCGGGCUCGCCGCUCGUCCUCCUCUCUACCCACAAGUCACUCCUGGAUGGGAUCCUGCUGCCCUUUGUGCUGCUCUCCCAGGGCCUGGGUGUGCUCCGUGUGGCUUGGGACCCCCGCGCCUGCUCCCCCAUCCUCAGGGCUCUGCUGAAGAAGCUUGGGGGACUUUUCCUGCCCUCAGAGGCCAACCUCUCCCUGGACAGCUCUGAGGGUGUUCUUGCAAGGGCUGUGGUCCAGGCGGCUUUGGAGCAGCUGCUGCUCAGCGGGCAGCCCCUGCUCAUCUUCCUGGAGGAGCCCCCUGGGACUCAGGGGUCUCGGCUGUCAGCCCUGGGCCAGACCUGGCUGGGACUGGUGGUGCAGGCAGUCCAGGUGGGCAUCGUCCCAGAUGCUAUGCUGGUGCCAGUGGCCGUCACCUAUGACCGGGUUCCAGAUGCACCCCGUGACACAUACCACGCCUUGCCCCCUCUGGGGCUGUGGACAGGAGCUCUGGCUGUUCUUCGGAGCCUGCGAGGCUGGGGCUGCAGCCACCGGGUCUGCAUCCGUGUACAUCUGGCCCAGCCCUUCUCCCUGCAGGAAUACACCAUCAACGCCAGAAGCUGCUGGGGCAGCAGGCAGACCCUGGAGCAGCUGCUGCAGCCGAUCGUGCUGGGCCAAUGUACCCUUGUCCCAGACACUGAAAAAGAGCAGGAGUGGACCCCAGUAACUGGGCCCCUUCUGGCUCUCAAGGAAGAGGACCAGCUCCUGGUCAGGAUGCUGAGCCGCCACGUCCUGAAUGCCUGCGUGGCGAGCUCGGCGGUGAUGAGCACGGCCAUCAUGGCGACGCUGCUGCUGUUCAAGCACCGGAAGGGCGUGCUCCUGUCACAGCUCCUGGGGGAGUUCUCCUGGCUGACAGAGGAGACACUGCUGCGUGGCUUUGACGUGGGCUUCUCAGGGCAGCUGCGGUGCCUGGUGCAGCACACGCUAAGCCUGCUGCGGGCGCACGUGGCCCUGAUGCGCGUCCAUCAGGGGGACUUGCUGGUGGUUCCUCGGCCCGGCCCAGGCCUCAUGCACCUGGCCCGCCUGAGCGCUGGGCUGCUGCCCGCCUUCCUGAGCGAGGCUGUGGGUGCCUGUGCUGUGCGGGGGCUGCUGGCGGGCAGGGUGCCGCCUGAGGGGCCCUGCGAGCUGCAAGGCAUCGAGCUGCUGAGCCAGAAGGAGCUGUACCGCCAGAUCCUGCUCCUGUUGCACUUGCUGCCGCAGGACCUGCUGCUGCUGCAGCCCUGCCAGUCUUCCUACUGCUACUGUCAGGAGGUGCUGGACCGUCUCAUCCAGUGUGGGCUCCUAGUUGCUGAAGAGACCCCAGGCUCCCGGCCAGCCUGUGACACAGGGCGGCAGCAUUUGAGUGCAAAACUGCUGUGGAAACCAAGCGGGGACUUCACUGAUAGUGACAGUGAUGACUUUGAGGAAGCUGAGGGCCGGUACUUCAGGCUCAGUCAACAGUCACGCUGCCCUGACUUCUUCCUCUUCCUCUGCCGCCUGCUCAGCCCGCCACUCAAGGCUUUUGCUCAGGCUGCCACCUUCCUCCACGAGGGACAGCUGCCAGAUACUGAGUCGGGCUACGUGGAGCAGCUGUUCCAGUUCUUACAGGCCACUGCCCAGGAGGAAGGGUUCUUCGAGUGUGCAGACCUAAAUCUUGCCAUCAGUGCUAUCUGGACCUUCAGAGACUUGGGGGUGCUGCGGCAGACACCCAGCCCCGCGGGCCCUGUGCUCCACCUGUCCUCUACCUUUGCCAGCCGGGACAAUCAGGAAAAGCUGGAACAGUUCAUCCGGCAGUUCAUCUGUAGCUAGAGCUGUGGGGAGGAGCCGUGCUCAGACUGCUCAGCCCCAGAAUACAGCCGCGCCCCGGAGCCAGAAGACGGCGCGGAGCUGUAGACCCUGAGCUGGGCUAUAAAAUCUUUUUACAGUCUGAUGGUCCU